AUGUCGCGCGGCGACUCCAGGGCCAGGCAGCCCGGCUGCUUCCGGCAGCUGUGCUGCAUGAGCCGGGCAACCGCGCGGGAGAUGGAGGCCCCGACGCCCAAGCUGUCCCUCCCUUCAUCAAGGUCCGGGGCGGAAGGCAGCUCGGGGCGGCCCCCCCGCCAGCCCUCCUCCCGCCAGGCGCAGUACUCGCGCCCUGUGGGCCCCGCGGGCCCCUGGGCGCCCUGCAUGGCGGCGGCGGCGUGCGGGAUCAUGCCACUGCAGACGAUGAGCAUGUACUCCGGGGCGGUGCACGAAACCGGGGGGUUGAAGCUGUGGUCGCCGAAGAGCGCGCCGGAGCCGAUGUGUCCCGGCGCCUACGGGCCGCCCGGGUUCGUCUUCGAUCAAUCGAUGGCUCCCAUGGGUGCGAUGGGUGCGGUGAGCAGCGCCAGGCGCGCCGAGAAGCGGGGGAGGGAGUACUCGCCCCAUGCGGGGCCGAUGCCAUCCAUGGGCAGGCUGGCGAGCCCGGUUAGCCCGGAGUGCGCGCCGGCCAGGCCGGAGUCCAGCCUGAGCGCGAGGUCGGGGAUCGAGGGGGUGGUGAGCGCCAGGGCGCGGGGGGAAAAGGCGGGCGGCAGCAAGGCCGGCAAGGCGCUGCCGCAACUUGCCAUAGCAGCGCCCGGCGUGGCGUCGCUGUCCCCGAGGUUCUCGGAGGUUGCCGGGGAGGGUUUCCAGUACACGCCAUCCGCGUUCACGCCCACCUCCGCCUACUCCUACGGGAUCAACUCCUCUGAGCAGUUCUCGGCCGUGGGGGGCUUUGACCCGGCGUCCAUCCAGUGGGGCGGGUUCCUGGGGCGGGGCAACUUCAGCACGGUGUACAAGGGUCGGAUCGACGGCAUCGACUACGGGGUGAAGAUCAUACGCAACCCCGUGAGCAAGGGCACGGAGCGCCUGGCGGGCUUCAUGGCCAACAACGUCCUGCACCCCAAUCUGGUGCGCGUGUGCGGGGUCAAGAGCGUCACCGUGCACUGCAGCCUGGAGGCGGCGGCCGGGCCGGGCAUGGAGCGCUCGCUGAGCAUGGCGUCCACGAUGGACGCGGCGCAGAGCCCGAGCUCGUGCCCGCCGGGGGACAAGGAGCCGUCGAUCAUGGACGACGACAAGUCGGAGUUCAGCGCGCUGGCGCGCAACAUCCCCCACAAGGGCGGGCCGGGCAGGGAGGACACGGAGACCUGGGUGCUAAUGGAGUUCUGCGACGCGGGCACGCUGGAGAAGGCGAUCGAGCGGGGCCUGCUGUGCGAGGGCGGCAGGUACGACAAGCCCAAGAUGCUCCACAUCCUUUUCGCCGCCCUGGAGAUAGCCUCCGCCAUGACGCACCUGCACUCCUGCGGCAUAAUCCACGGCGACCUCAAGCCCGAGAACGUGCUCCUGCAGAGCUGCGAGCCGUCCCCAAUGGGCAUGGAAUUCACCUGCAAGGUGGGCGAUUUUGGCCUUAGUCGCCGCACGAGCAUUCACUCCACCGCCAACAACGACUCGUUCAAGUGCGGCACUGUGCCGUACAUGGCGCCCGAGGUGCUCCGGGACAACACGUCCACCUACGCCGCGGACGUCUACUCGUUCGGCGUCCUGCUGUGGGAGAUGCUGUCCGGACAGAAGGCGUACGGCAACAGCACCCAGGCGGCCACUCUGGUGGCGAUCGUGGACGGGCGGCGGCCCAAGAUGCCGGCCUUCUUCCCCAGCUGGUACUCCCAGCUGGUGGAGGACUGCUGGCACCAGAACCGCCAGGCGCGGCCCAACUUCGCGGACAUCGUGGAGAGGAUCAACCUCAUGGUGCUGGCCUUCGAGAGGCCGCGCACGCCAGACCACUUCAUGCCCGAGUCCUACUCGUCGAACCACUCGGAGAUGAUCGUCGCCUACCCAGGGGCUCAACCGUUCAUGGAGGGUGACCUACACACGAACCCCUUCUACGAGCAUGACCAAUCCGAAGGCAUUUUCGAGCCGACGGCCUACUGCGUGCCGGAGUCCAACUUCCACUCCAUAUCUUUCGAUGACAUGGCGUGCGGACCGGGCAGUGCACUGCCGCUGGCGCCUCCAGUGAUGAUGGCCGCCAGCCCGCCCAGCCGCCGCAAGCAGCCGCGGGCCAAGCGCAGCACUCUGUCGGACAACUCCCUCCCCGAUCUCCGGGAAAGCGAGCCGGAUGCCGACAGCCAGGACGGCACCGCGGCAACCAAGUCGCAGCAGGACACGCCCUCCGAGGCGCCCGAGACGAUCGAACCCACUCCGGGAGCAUCCGAGUCGGAAGAGGAGGCCGAUGUGGUCACCCGGUUCCGAAAGUUUUCGGCAAGCCUGGGGCGGUCCAGCCCGAUACCGGAGGAGCGCGUCUCCCUGCUGGGGGGCACGUCGAAGAAGGGCAGCACGUUCAUGCGGGCAAGCGGCGAAAGCAUGCGCGUUCUGGGCCGGCCAAGCAUGGUGUCCACCGAGGCGUCCAUCACGCCGCGCAGCUCCUGCGCCACGCCCACGGACAGCGAGUACUGGGGCAGCGAUUGGAGCCCGCCGAGGACCGCCGGCCAGCGGGGGGAGUCCAGCAAGUCCAACAAGGCCGGAAAGCCGUCGGCAUCCGCCAAGGCCGCGGGGGACAAAGGGGGGGCGUCUUCGAGCGGGAGGCGGGGUGUUAUGGAUUCUAUGAGCCGGGAUGUGCAUUAUGUGAAUCAGUGGGACCCGAUGAUGUCGAGCGGCUUGCUGAGGGAGGCAGAGCUUGGGGCGACGUUCCUGCGGCCGGUGAAGGUGCAGGGCGGGGAGCCGUCGCAGCCGCUGUGGGACUCCUUUAUGACCCCGGCGGCCAGGGAGUUCGGCAGCCCGUGCGUGAUGUACGGCGGCGGCGCGGUCUGA